AUGUCGGACGGCGAUAAGAAGGGCAAAGCGCCCCAGAACAAUAAAGAUGAAGAUGGCAAGGGCAAGAAGCUUCCUCCCAAAUUCGCAUCUUUACUCCUAGAGCAAAACCCCGCCCUGAAGCAAGAACUCGCCAACAUGAACAAGGAUGAGGCCGCCGCCAUACUGGCCAACAUGGACCUUUCGCAGAUGCUCACUGGACUGUCAGUGGGAGGCAAGAAUCAAAAGGAUAUGGCUUCCUACAAGUUCUGGCAAACACAGCCUGUUCCCGCCUUCGAAGAUGCCGCAAACAAGCAGAUUACCCAGGGUCCUAUCAAAAUUAUUGACCCAGAGAAGGUUCCUCAGACUCCCGGCGCACUCAUCGAGGGAUUCGAGUGGUGCACUCUUGACUUGACAAAUGACGAGGAGCUGAAGGAGCUGUACGAACUUCUGAACAAUCAUUAUGUGGAGGAUGACAAUGCCAUGUUCCGGUUCAGCUACUCUCAGUCAUUUUUGCAUUGGGCUCUUAUGUCUCCUGGAUGGAAGAAGGAAUGGCACGUUGGUGUGCGCGCCACCAAGUCACGCAAGCUAGUUGCCUCAAUCUGUGGUGUUCCCACUGAGCUUCGCGUCCGUGGCGAGCGCAUCAAGGUGACGGAGAUCAACUUCCUGUGCAUCCACAAGAAACUACGCUCCAAGCGCCUGACCCCGGUUCUGAUUAAGGAAAUUACCCGUCGCUGCUAUGUCAACGGCAUCUACCAGGCCAUCUACACCGGCGGUGUCAUCCUCCCAACCCCCAUCAGCUCGUGUCGAUACUAUCACCGCGCGUUGGACUGGCUGAAGCUCUACGAAGUUGGCUUCUCUCCUCUUCCCCACGGAUCGACUAAGGCCCGCAUGAUCACCAAGAACCAUCUCCCCAGCGCCACAUUGACCCCAGGUCUGCGGCCCAUGGAGUCCAAGGAUAUCGAUGCCGUUUACGAUCUGCUGGAGCGCUACAUGCGCCGCUUUGAUAUGAACCAAGCCUUUACUCGUGAGGAAAUCGACCAUUGGCUGGUUUACAAGGAGCAGCCUGGCAAGGAACAGGUUGUUUGGUCGUAUGUGGUCGAGGAUCCCGAAACUCACAAGAUCACCGACUUCGUCUCCUUCUACAACCUCGAGUCCACUGUAAUCGACCAUGCGAAGCACGAAUCCGUUCACGCCGCCUACCUGUACUACUAUGCUACUGAAACAGCGUUCUCUGACAAUAAGAAGGCGUUCAAGGACCGCCUGCAGCUUUUGUUGAACGAUGCACUGAUCUGUGCCAAGAAGGCCCAUUUCGACGUGUUCAAUGCCCUCACUUCGCAUGAUAAUCCGCUGUUCCUUGAGGAGCUCAAGUUCGGCGCCGGCGAUGGUCAGCUGCAUUUCUACCUCUACAAUUACCGUGCUGCACCUAUUGCGGGUGGAAUUAAUGACAAGAACCUUCCCGAUGAGUCUAAGAUGGGAGGCGUUGGUAUCGUCAUGCUCUAA